AGAGAGCUCGUAUUUGCCAGAGGACACUGAUCUUGAUUAGCCUUAUCUGUGACGACAAAGCCAUGUGAGAAAACGCGGGGUCUUGUGUAGAAAUAUGGAAGGACGGACUUGCAUGAAAUAAUCUAAGGCAAACGAUUUAUCUGUCAUGGUUUCUGAUUCCCCCAUUUGACUUCACAUGUGACAGGCUUGAUCCCAGGGGCAGCCUGAUGUUUGAUUAUUAAUGAGAAGUAAUUGUAGUACAGUAAUGCCUACAGGCCCUCUCUGAAAUCGGAGGCUUCAUUGUACAAGUGCACUAAGGGACAGUCCCUUUUUGGAAGAGUUUAGGAUCUAAAAGGAGAAGUCAAAGCAAUGGUGGGAAGGGAAACACACACAUGGAGGGAAGUGACCUGUGACCAGAACUCUGGUCUCCUUCAUCCUACACCAGCGAGCUGUGCACUGGCUGUGCCGUGCUGGUCUGCUACCAGGCACGUGAGGCAGCAGGGGAAUUGAAACACAUGCUGCUUUUCUCGUACAUUAAAUGCAUACAAAUUAUUUCCUUUUAGCUUGGCACCAGUAUGAUGAUAUAGUGUGCACUAAACCCUCUGAUGGCUUGGUGAGCCGCAUUAAGAAUUGGGUUGGAUGGGAUGAUGAGAAGAAAAGCAUCGAGAGAGGGAAGCAGAUAGCAGCAAAAAUUAUGCUCGAGACCAUCUUCAGCAUCCUCACCGAGUGGACUGACAUCAACAUGAAGAACUUCUUUGACCAGUUGCAUCAGUUUUACCUAGUAACUAAGAAGCCAAGGGUGUUUGAGGGGGAACCGAAGGACUGGACAUCGCUAGAUUUUGGAGAGAAGCAGGUGAAGGAGCUACUGGUGAAUUACUUGAGAAAAGUAGCGCAGCCGUUUCUUGAUCAGAACAAAGCAAAUGCUCCACCCAACGACGUGGCCGUGAAGAGCCGGGUGGGGCUGGGACUAAUCAGUGUUACACUGGGGGAAUUCUAUGAACUUCCGACAUGCAAAGAGGACCUGAGUCGUGUGUGCAGCCUCCUGUGUUUGGAGCAGAAGCCACAGGACGUCCUACUUCAUGAAAUGACUCACGCCAAGGCAGUGUUUUCAGUGGUUAAGUGCAUGAAACAGUACUUGACCCAUGUGUGCCAGAGAUGCAUCGAUGAGCAAGUUGACGGGUGGGUGUGUACCCUCCCUGUGUUGCACUUUUUCACUGCCUCCUUUGGCCUCCAUGAAUGCUUGAAGGUGGAUAAGCCUGAAGAGAUCUGGGCAGGCCUGGAAGGUCUUCCGUUCAUUGAAUUCAGGAAGAAUCAGGAAUCGUUUUAUAAGAAUGGGGCACUCCUGCAGCUGAUGAAAGGAAAGAAGCACUUGAUGGACGUAGACAGAACACUGGUCAGAUCCUGGAUCAGCUUGCUACCUCUGGGGGACAUGGCAGAAUUUUUGACUCAUUUUUCUGUGGAGCUGCUGGACUGUCUUCUAGGAAUAUAUUACAGGAUGCAGAACACCAGCAUCGCAUAUCGCAGUUCGGAGGUUUGUCAUCUGGCUACUUUAACCAAGCAAUGGUAACGUCGAUGGUAUCUGUGAGAGUGGUGUUUUAACUCGCUUGAGAGCUUUUGAAAAUCCCAUUAGGCAGCUGUUUAGCACCUAAAUAUCUUUGAAAAUCUGCCUCAAUUGCUUUAUUGGGAGUCAUUUCUGGGUUAUAUGGACUGGGACAUAAAAGGGUUGGAGAAGACAAUUUUCUUAGCGUAUUGAAUUUCCUGAGAAUCUAGCUAGAGUGCAGAGCAAAUCUGUUUUUGAGGUAGUAUUCGGAAUUUGUCUGAAAUAUGUUGCCCUACAGUUCAAAUGGAUAUAGGGGGCUCACUAUAAAAUUGGUAAUUUUUGCAUUUAACAUGGCACCUUU